AUGGAAAAAAAUCCAUUCACUGACCUUCGACGGUUACAUAAUGAAAAUCUAAAUGAAACAAGUCAUUGGUUCAAAUUGUUUUCUGGAUUAUUAUUUUUACCAAUACAUAAAGCCACUGAUGCAUUCGUUGAUUUAAUGUCCAUAUGCCCACCACAAGAUGCAUGUACUGCAUUUGGAGAUUACAUUUUUGACAAUUAUAUCGAAGGACAGUUUUUGAUGGAAAUAUGGCUCCAUCCAAUUAAUACAAAUAUAAAGACUACUAAUGGAGCUGAAAUAUUUCACCAAGGUUUUAACUCUGAAUUUUAUGCUCCAAAUCCAUCUGUAUUUAUGGUUAUUGAUGUUAUUGAAAUAUUCAUAUCGAUACAAUAG